UGUGAGCGCAGACACUUGCUGUGCCAAGCGAAUCGAAGAAAAUUUUGUCAAAAAAACAAAAAAAACAUAAUUGGGAAAAUCUGUUAGCCGAAACACUCGUACAAUUUUCAAUAAUUCCCAAAAUUCACUGUGAAAAACUCGUUCACGCGUUUUUUCUUAAUUAAAAUUUGUUAUAUGGAAAACACAAAAAAAAAACAAAAAUAAUAAUAAAAUUUGCAAAAAGUGCAAAGAAAACAAUAACAAUUGUUGCGAAUGAAACAAGCAAAAACAAAAACCCAAAAAAAGUAGAAAGUGGUGAAUGGUGAAUGUUGCUAAAUGCUUUCGAAUUGGAAGUGGAAAAUAUUGAAAAGCGAAUUGUGUGUGCGGAAGUGUCGAAAAAUCGAUGCGGUUUAUUUAAACUAAAAAAAAAAAACCGAACAGCGCAGCCAAAUUAAGAGUAUAAGCGUGAUAAGAGAGUCAAAUUGGUGCAAACGUGCUUAGCUGAAAAUAUUUGCGUUGGCGUAGCCGUAUAUUUGCAUUGCAAUAAAAGUACGCGAAACAAAAAAUAUCAAACAUAUAAAAAAUAAAUAAAAUUACAUCAAAAUUACAACAGCAACAACACGCAGUCGUGCUAAUAUCAAAACGCAAAAAUAAAAGCAGAAAAAAGUUAAAAUAAACAAUGACGCGCCUCACCGAGGAAAUGGUCAUUGCUCGCUCCAAGCAAUCCGAUUUGGGGUCCAUCAAAAAGCUCAAUUGCUGGGGAAGUGAUCUCAGCGAUGUCUCCAUAAUUAAAAGAAUGCGUGGUGUGGAAGUUUUGGCGCUAAGUGUCAACAAAAUAACCACAUUGCAACCAUUCGAAGACUGCCUAAAACUUCAGGAAUUAUAUUUGCGUAAAAACAAUAUACAGGAUAUUAAUGAAAUCGCUUAUCUGCAAAACUUGCCAGUACUCAAGUAUUUGUGGUUGGAGGAGAAUCCAUGCUGUGAUCGAGUGGGACCCAGUUACCGCCAAACAGUGCUGCGCGCCUUGCCGAAUCUCAAGAAGUUGGAUAAUGUGGAGGUGACGCAAGAGGAGCUCGAUGAGGCGUUGCGCGCUGGUGGUAGCGGCAGUGGCAGCGGUGGUACACGCGAAGAGGAAGACGUCUAUGAGGAUAGCUAUGUGCAACAACAACCACCGUCACGUUACGAACAACCGUCGCCUCCGCAGCAACAACAGCAACAACAAACGCAACAAAAUCACUACCCGCCACAACGACAACAGCAACAGCAACAGCAGCAGCAGCAACAACAACAGGCGUCGCAAUAUCAACACCAUCCGUCACCGCAACAGUAUCAACAACAACAACGACGCAGUUCCAGUCCAAUGAAAGAGCCCUCGACACAAAAUAGUCCGGCAAAUACUGAGGAAAGCGCCAGCGAGCCAAGCAAAAGCAACGAGGUCUCAAAACCGGCCUCACCCGCACAGGAGCCAGUUGCGCAUACACCCUCACCGAAAUAUAAUUCAUACACGAACGUGAAUCGGUUGUCUUAUCAUCAGUAUGAUCAGCGCUCCCCAGGCUCGGACCAGGAUAGUCCGCAUGUGGGGUAUCGGGAACGCGCGCCCAUACCGCCUAGCAUAUCCACACAAUCGAUGAAGGAAUACUAUCAGUCUGACCGUCCGUCCUAUCCUGCCCAUUAUCGUCACAGCCAAACCGAUCUGACCGAGUGGGAGGAGCAUCAGCAGCACAAUCAAUUCGGCAGCACAGCUGCGCUGCAUCAUGUAGGUGGUCCGCGUCGUGGUGACGUCAGCGACCGUUAUGCGUAUCGAAAUGGCAGCGCGCGCGAAAAUGGUGGCGAUUGGGAGGACGCGGAACGGCCGCGACCCAGGCGGCCCGAUGGACGCUACAGCGACUCUGCCAGCACCGUCUCAACAGCUGUACUUAAUCAUUAUUCGGGCUAUCACAGACGUCCCAUAAAUCGGAGUUCCAAUUUGUUAUCAGCAACGCUGUGUCUCGUCAAGGAGCUUGACUACCCGAGUCUGGAGGUGGUGGAGCAUGCAGUGCGCUGUCGCAUCGAUGAGCUCUCCGCCGAUUGAUGAUGAACGCGCCGCAUGCCAUCCUACUGAGGGUUGCGGCGGCCACAAUGAAGCGCCCCACUAAACACUUGCCAGUGGAACUUCGAAAAAAAACAACAACAAAGCAAAAAUGAAAAACAAAAAUAAAAGAACUGUAUACUAUGGACCAACAAGUUGGCGACCGAAAAGCGAUAAAUGAGACAAGGGCGAUGGACUGUAAAUACUCACGACCUGAUGGUGGGCAUGACACCACAAAUUGGCCACGAAUAUUAAACUAAUUUAACUACUAUCUUGCGAUUAACUAAAAUUAAGCAAUUUUACCAGAAUUUUUGGUUUGACCAUUUUUUGUUUUUGUUAAACGGUAUUUAACUCGUACAUAAAUGCAAUGUAAUUAAAGAAAUUUGUUGAUUUCUAACAAAAUUAGUAUUUAUAGUCGAAACAGCUGACUUUUUUGAAAAAUUAAGGUGCAAUGAUGGAGUUGUUGGAAUUGUUGAGCGAAAGCGCUAAGAAAUUCGCUGCCGAAAUUUAUGUACAAUAACGGUAAAAUGCAAACGAAAUAAGGUUUUAGCAUGAAAACUGCAGCAAGUGAGAAUAAAAAUAGAAAGAAA